CAAAUCCAAACAUCAGAGACUACAUUCUGUGGACAGCCCGGUAUGUCUGCUGACCAGAAAGAGACUGGAUAUUGCCAAAUCUGGAUGUACGCCAUGCGAUGGUAUCUGGAGAUGGCCAAAGAUGAACAGAGCCACACUCUCAAGGCCAAACCCACCUGCGCCAAGGCGGAUGAGAACGCUAUCUAUGAUAUGGCCGUACUUGCGCGGAGACUGGGUUUCCGCUCCAAGCAAAUCAAGAACAUCUUGAAGCAAUCUCCUGAUCGGCAAAUUGCACAGACAGCCCUGCUGAAAGCCUGAAGACCUGACUGCUAUCAUUAUGAUGAUGACAUGUUUGAAUCUCUUGUUGAC